CACAGAAGCUUCGAGAAGCUUGGCCGCAGGCUUGGAGACGCCAGAAACAGCCGGGAGUGAAAAUGAAACGAUUUCACUACUUCCACAAGUUAGGAACUACAAAGAAUUUGAAGGGCACUGGAAGGAAAGAUUUCCAGACUGGAUCAAAAAAACACAUCAAGCUCCAGCAGGAUCAUUCAGCACAUCAUGAGAGGGAAAAGCUUUCAAACAAAGAAGCGAGACUCACACCCGAGUGGAAACAUUCUUCAGCACUGAUUGUGGAAAGAGUUUAGAUCAUUCCGCAGUUAAAGAAAGGCCCCAGCUAAACACUUGUCCACGCAUGUUGAAGAUUUGAUCAGAAAAUCUGCAGGUUGAUGACAGUUGGAACCAAAUCAUUUGCCGAAAUAUUUUGCGUCACACCGAGGAGAGAAUUUACUUGUUGUGUAUUUAGCAAGAGGUGUUUUCAUUUAUCCUUCAGCUCAAAAUAUCAUUUCUUCAUGCCAAUGGAACCAUUUCAGUAUUCCAUUUGUGGGAAACAGUACAGGCAAUCCAGUACCCUGAUUACACAUCAGGAAAGUUACAAUGACGAGAGGUCAUUCAGCUACUCCGAGGACGGGAGGAGAUUCACUCCUUCGUCCCAGCUGCUGACACGCCAUCAAGUUCACACCAGGGAGAGGCCAUUUAUCUGCUCGGAGUGCGGAAAGGGAUUCAGUCGAUCAUCCCACCUAAUGAGACACCAGCAAGUUCACACCGGAGAGAGGCCAUUCACCUGCUCCGAGUGUGGGAAGGGAUUCACUCAGUCGUCCAACUUGAUGACGCACCAGCGAAUUCACACCGGGGAAAGGCCAUUCACAUGCUCCAACUGUGGGAAGGGAUUCAGUCGAUUAUCCAGUUUGAUAACACACCAUCGGGUUCACACUGGCGAGAGGCCAUUCACCUGCUCUGUGUGUGGGAAAGGAUUUACUCAGUCAUCCAGCCUGGUGAUACAUCAGCGAGUUCACACAGGGGAAAGGCAGUACAUCUGCUUGAAGUGUGGAAAAGGAUUCUGUCUGUCAUCACACUUACUGAGACACCAGCGAGUGCACACUGGAGAGAGGCCGUUCACCUGCUCUGAGUGUGGGAAGGGGUUCACUCAGUCAUCCAGUCUAAUGACACACCAGCGAGUUCACACUGGGGAGCGACCUUUUACUUGCACUGACUGUGAGAAGAGAUUCAGUCGAUUAUCCAGCCUGGUAACGCACCAGCGGGUUCACACUGGGGAGAGGCCAUUCACCUGCACUGAGUGUGGGAGAGGAUUCACACAGUCAUCCAGCCUGGUCACACACCAGCGAGUUCAUACCGGAGAGAGGCAGUUCAUCUGCUCCGUAUGCGGGAAAGGGUUCAGCCGGUCAUCUCACCUGCUGCGACACCAGCGAAUUCACACUGGAGAGAGGCCGUACACCUGCUCUGAAUGUGGAAAGGGAUUCACUCGGUCAUCUCAUCUGCAGAGACACCAACGAGUUCACACUGGAGAGCAGCCCUUCAUCUGCUCCGAAUGUGGGAAGGGAUUCACGCAGUCCUCCAACCUGAUGAUACACCAACGCGUUCACACAGGAGAGAGGCCUUUCACCUGCACCAAAUGUGAUAAAAGAUUUCAAGAUUCUUCCUACUUGCUGAGGCACCAGCGAAUCCACACAGGAGAGAGGCCGUUCGUCUGCACGGAGUGCGGGAAGGGAUUUACUCAGUCAUCUGCCCUCGCCAGACACCAGCGUGUCCACACUGGGGAGAGACCAUUCACCUGCUCCCAGUGUGGGAAGGGGUUUGCACUGUCUUCCCACCUGCUGAGACACCAGCGAAUUCACAAUGGGGAGAAUGUCUAAACAUUAUUGGAUAUGAAAGGUUUAAACAUUAUAUCUGCUGAGACAGCAGUUGGAUUCUGCAAUUAUUGCUGCUGCUAAUCACUGGCUGGAAUACACCCUGUUAUUGGGCACUGGGUUUAAUUCUGUUGAUGCUAAUGACCCGAUAACUGCAUAGUUUAUCAUUAUGGAUUUGUGGUAAAUACAUCAGUCUCUUUUAAACACUCUGUACAGUAAUUCCUGAACUUAUGAAAGGGCUGUGUUUCAGGAAGAUGUUUCUUUAAGGGUAAGGGCUGGGGAAAAUUCAUUUGUUACGAUAGAGACAGACAGUUGUGCUAUUCAUUAUGACAAAAAAUUGCCUUGUAAAUCAAAGACUUGUACCCAAAGAGUCAAAGGCUGUAUAGCAAAGUUUGCAAAUCAAAUGUUCAUAAGUUGAGGGAUUACUGUAUAUCAAGCCUUUCAUGUCUCUAGAAUAUGCAGUAGAAGGACAGGUCAUUCAGAACAGCUGGUGCGGUCAGUUUCUGUGCUUCACACCAGCCUUCCAUCUCUCUCUGCUGGAAUGUGCUUAUAUUUCCUGCCUCCUCUGUGUUCAUUCAGCUUCCCUUUAAACACAUCCAUACCCCGUUGCACAACAUUUGGCUUGUAGGAAAGGUCUGUUCUGUUUGAUAAUCAUUCAGGAUGCUAAUUCCCCCACAACUCCCAGAUCUGGAAUCCUGUGUACACCACCAUACGAGGGGCAGCCAUUGACUUAGAGAAGGCAGGAGAAUGGAGUUGAGAGGAAUAAUAAAUCAGCUGUCGAUGGGCUAAGUCUGCUCCUGCGUCUUACGUUCAAAGCAGGUGGAAGGAUGUGGUGAGCUGCAGGAAUGCAAUAGAGGCUGCAGCAGCAGUCUGUGCUCUCCUGCUGCCACUGUGUCCUUGGGACCCAUCAAAGCCAAGUCUAGGACCAAGGACCUGAUACUCAGGAAGCAUGGCAGGCAUGGUCCAAUCACAGAGCUCAGAGUAAACCUAUUAUUGAAGUACGUCUAUAUCACCAUGUACAACCUGGAGAUUCAUUUUCUUGUGGGCAUACUCGAUAAAUCCAAUAACCAUAAUAGAAUCAAUAAAUCCAGAGACCAUAAUAGAAUCAAUAAAUCCAGUGACCAUAAUAGAAUCAAUAAAUCUAAUAACCAUAAUAGAAUCAAUAAAUCCAGUGACCAUAAUAGAA